GGAGCCAGAUAAAUCUCCACUGAACCAUUUCUUAAACCCAAAAAAAAAAGAAGAACUGAAGCUUUCAGCCACUGCUCUUUGCCAUGGCGCUUACUCUUUCCAGCGGGUGCGCACGAUUAACCUUCUCACCUCCUGCGAAAUUCAGAAACCGUUCAACCGUUUUUGCUACUCUGUCCCCACCUCGGCCUGAUACUGUGAACUGGGUCGAAGCCACUUCCAGCUUUUUCGACCAAGACACGAGGCCUAUCAUGUUGUUUGAUGGAGUUUGUAACUUGUGUAAUGGAGGCGUGAGGUUUGUUCGUGAUGUUGAUCGGAACAGUAGGAGAAUUAGGUUCGAGGCUCUUCAGAGUGAAGCAGGGAAGAAGCUGUUGAGGAGGUCCGGAAGAGCUCCUGACGAUAUUUCUAGUGUUGUUCUUGUUGAAAAGGAUAGAUCAUAUAUUAAGUCAGAAGCAGUGCUGAAGAUCAUGGAAUACCUAGACUUGCCUUUCCCUCAGCUUGCAUUCUUUCUACAGUUUGUACCCUUGUUCGUAAGGGAUUAUAUGUAUGACAACAUUGCAAACAACCGAUAUGCAAUUUUCGGUUAUUCAGACUCAUGUGAGAUAUGAAGGAAUAUAGUCAGUCAGUACACUUUUUCAAAGAAAUUUUUAUAGGGAAGUGGAAAUGUAGGGAUCUUAAUCUGUUCAACCGAUAUUUGCUUCACAGAACAGAAUAACUUGAGAUACUAAGUAUGAAUCGAGAGUUCUUAGUCUCAAUUUGAUAUGCCUUACUGUAUAUGAAUCCUGAUGUUUUCAUUGGCUAUAGAACUUCUCUUUCAAGUUGCAGUGGCAUAAUCUAAUUUUUUAUAGCCUUGUUUCCUUAGAGAUACUUUCUGAUGUCAUUACUCUAACAGAAUAUAAGCACAUUAAGAUCCUAUGCUUUAAGCUUAUUGUUCAAAUUAUGGCCUGUUUAAUGCUAAAACGGGAUUUUUCCUUGUCCAUUUUUCUUGUUGUCAAGUUUCUGAAUUUUGAUUAUUUAUGUGACUUGUGAUGGACAUAGAGCUUGCCUUGAGAAAGCACAAUUUAAACUAGUUAUCAGCCACGGUAAUACUUUUUGCAAUGCGGAGGGCAGUUUCAGAGGCUUACUUCUUUAAUACGACCAUUUAAUAUGGUUCACUUAUGCUGUUGCCUGACAGUCACAGCCUUUAGUGAUAUUCCUCUUUUUUUUUUUGUUUUUGCUUUCUCUUCAUCUUAAUUUAUCUUCUUUCCUCCACUCUGCUUUCUUAAAGCAUGAUGUUGAAGCUUGAUUCUUUGAAUUGUUAUGAAGUGGUAUGAAAUUGAAGUC